AUGAGUGAUCAAAUAUCCUCGUGGAAUGUCGUCCACAAGUUCGAAAAGCGCGGCCUUCUCAUCGCCAUUAACUGCGUGGCUGCCCUGUCAAUCCUUUUCUUUGGAUAUGACCAGGGUAUGAUGUCUGGAGUGAACAACUCCAAGGACUAUAUCGAUCUCAUGGGGUUUGGCUAUACGGAGAUGAAGGAUGGCCACCCUUCCCCCGUGGUGACCAACAGUCUGCUCCAAGGCGGCAUCGUCAGUGUCUAUUAUUUAGGUACGCUCUUCGGUGCGCUGGUUGGCGGUUGGACUGGAGACAAGGUUGGUAGAAUCAAGACGAUUGCCUUCGGCUCAGUCUGGGCCAUGUUUGGGGCCGCUCUACAGUGCUCAGCCCAGAACCACGACUGGAUGAUCUGCGCGCGAUUUAUAAACGGAAUUGGAACCGGAAUACUCAACGCGAUUGUUCCCGUAUGGGCGACCGAGACUGCAGAACACACGAGUCGUGGCCAGUUCAUUGCAAUCGAGUUCACACUGAACAUCUUCGGUGUCGUGCUCGCAUAUUGGCUUGAAUUCGGCCUGUCUUUCAUCGAUAACGGCGCAUCGCCCUUCCGCUGGCGCUUCCCGAUCGCGUUCCAAAUCAUCUUCUUGCUCGUUCUAUUCGCCGCCGUUUGGUUCUUCCCGGAAUCCCCACGUUGGUUGGUGAAGGUUGGUCGGGAGCAGGAGGCUCGGUAUAUUCUGGGUAGGCUGCGUGGCAGCAGCGGUGAAGAUGCCAUCCGGGCCGAGGCCGAGUUCCAGGAUAUUCUCAGCGUCGCGGAGGCAGAGAGGUCCAUGGGCCACAGCACGUCUUACCUGGCUAUGCUUUUCGGAUACAAGACCGGGAAGUUGCAUCUUGGCCGCCGGGUUCAACUUGUGGUAUGGCUACAGAUCAUGCAGGAGUGGGUUGGUAUUGCCGGUGUUGACUGUUUAUGCCCCGACUAUUUUCAGCAUUGCAGGAUUCGAUUCCAUGAAGAGUCAAUGGAUCAGCGGUUUAAACAACGUCUUUUACAUGAACAGUUUGCUACUAUGAUCUGUGUCUUUACUCUCGACCGAAUCGGCCGUCGGUGGACUUUGUACUGGGGAGCUGCAGCCCAAGGAAUCGCCAUGUUCCUUGCUGGGGGUUUCUCACGUGUUUCGAUCGACGCACGAGAUGCGGGCAACAUGGCGCGAGCUGAAUCAUUCGGUGCUGCUGCAGCGUCCAUGGUUUUUGUAUUCACCGCGGUCUUCGGAGCCACCUGGCUCACAGUGCCUUGGAUCUAUCCUGCGGAGAUUUAUCCAUUAGCCGUCCGUGCAAAGGGUAAUGCCUGGGGUGUUGUCGGCUGGAGUAUUGGAAACGGAUGGUUGACCCUCCUCUGCCCUGUGAUGUUUGAAGCCAUCGGGGAGAAGACCCUCUACGUAUUCGCUGCCAGCAACGUGAUCGCGAUUCCAAUGGUCUGGGCAUUAUACCCAGAGAGUAACCAGCGGACGCUAGAGGAUAUGGACCUGCUAUUCGCUGCUGAUACGCCUUGGGUGUGGGAUGCAGAGAAGACAUUUGCCCGCCUCAAGGCUGAGAACCCCGGGUUUAUUGAGACCGCCGCGCGGAAGAAUAGCGUGCUGGAUGAGGAGGCUGCCAAGUCGGUGACUCUGGCGCAUCGUGAAACUGUCGCUUGACAAGUUAAGAUGAGAUACCUUGUGAUAGAGCAGGUGUAAUUCAAGAUAGCACCUCAAGAGAAAUUAU